AUGCUACGAUACGAAAAAGGAAGUUUAAAGUGCGUAGGAUCUGAAGACAACCCAACACUGCCACCGGAAAACCUCUGUACGAACGGACUAAACUACGACGCCAUACCGGCCGAAAAUUCAAGCAAUUACGAACGGACAAAACUACGACCGACCACGGACGACAGAUCAGCCCCCAUUCAAUACGACGCCAUACCGGAUUCUAUGGAAGCUUUGGACCCAGGGGCACAACACAAUGGAGACGAAGCAACAGAGUGCAACAUGGUCGUAUUACCCGAUGGCACAAAACAGUGGCUACCUAAAUGCAACAGCGAAAACACCCCAUAUAUUGGGCAAGAAUUUGCAACACUAGAAAACGGAGUAGACUUCUAUGGGGCAUACGCAAUAAUCGCCGGAUUCGAUAUCCGACACGGGACGAAGCGAAGGAACAGGGCAGGGGCAGUUCACUUAAAAUAUAUUUUAUGUUCACGGGAAGGAUACAAGCCCAAGAAAAUGAGUAGUAGCGACAAAGGAACCACCGCCUCACCGAAGAAAAGGCGUCGGCUAUCAACUCGUGUUGGUUGUAACGCCCGAAUAGGGUUCACAAGGCGCAAAAGCGGUAGCUACAAAAUACAUGCACUUGAGCUAUGGCACACACACUGCCUAUGCUCUGACAUUGGUAGGCCAUUUCUUAAAAUAAAUAGGAAGCUAGAUAUUGGACACAAGAUAUUCGUAGCAAACUGUGCAAGGGCAAACAUUGGUUCCACAAAAUCAUGGAGGUUAUACAAGGAAAUGGUUGGAAGUUUUUCCGAUAUAGGAGCAACAUCCACCGAUUUCUGCAAUUUUAGAAGGGACUUGUUGGCAUAUAUUGCUGGAGCAGAUGCACAGAUGGUAGUAGAGGACAUGUACAAAAACAAAGAGAUGGAACCCGACUUCUACUUUGAUUUUGAUCUCAACGAAGACAGAGAGCUAUGCAGGCUUUUUUGGGCAGACACAAUAUCCCGGAAAAAUUUUGCAUGUUUUGGCGAUGUGAUGUCAUUCGACGCAACCUACAGCACAAACAGAUACAAGCUCGUAUUUGUACCGUUUACAGGAGUCGACAACCAUAAACGGAGCAUUACAUUCGGAGCAGGCCUCAUUGCAAGAGAGGACAUUGACUCCUACUAG